AUGCCAGUACCAACUGCACGACGAAAUUUUCAAAGAAAGUCAGCGCGCGUAUUAUCGAAAAAUCUCACAAGAUUCAGCCGAGGGGAGAAGCAACCUCGCCAAUACUACGCAAUUGGAGUACUUCGAUGCGGAAUGAAGGGCUUGAUAUAUCUCUAA